GGCUACCCUACGGGGUAUGUAAGCCGCUCCGCUGGCACUCCGUGGGCCACUAGCCGUGGAGGCCUUCUUCCUCUAUCGAGGAAUUGGCUGUAAGAGUCUCCUCGUAGAGGGGCUAGGCCCCACGCAGUGGCUCGCCCCGAGUAGGGGCCCAGCGGAGCGUCAUGUAUGGGGGUGCUACCAUGGCUCUGGGUGAAGGUUGCAGGUGUAAAAUUUAUGUACACUCCGAUAUGAGUGGGAGUAUUUCUGGAGAGCUCAAAUCAAUCAAUCUAUCUGAUAACCCCAACCCCCUUUGCAUUGCCACUACCACUAUGAGCCCAGUAGAGCUGCCUCUAUAUAGCAUGGAUGGGUCGAUGACGUCCAGUCCGUCGCACAGCGCAAGUACAGUCUCGUUGAGCGGGCUGGCGGGCGCCGGCGCUGUGAGGAAACUUCGGUUUGAUGACCGUUCACAAACGUUGGUGAGUUUGGCCUUGCGUAGCAAUGCCGCUAGCAAAAACAUUGAGCCCGUGAGCCGUCGUGAAGCUGAUGUGCUGGCGCCGCUUGUCCCGUUAAAUCAUAUCAAAUGGCUGCCGGUUGCCUCGCUCUCGCAGGUAAUCUCGUCUUCUGACUUCAUCCAAAGAUUUGGAACCCCUCAAACGUUUGAGGUUUCCACCGUGUACAUGGCAAUUGCCACCGAUAAGGGCCAUGUAAUAGGGUUCAAUUACCGCCAGUCGAUUGAAUUUGCCCUCCAGACCGCUCCAGAUAUAACCUAUUUGUCGUUCUCGUCUGAUUCCACCCAUUUGGCUGCUGGUCAUUCAAGUGGUCGAAUCUCCAUCUGGGACCUUUCCACCGCGGCUACCACCGUCACCACGGGGGCUGACUCGAUAGCAGCAGUGUCCACCUUGCCGACACACACAAUAGCCACGUCUAUGACGGGACACGAUGGAUUGUCUGCCAUCAAUAGCGUUGGGUUUGUUGCCGCCUAUCAUUCCCAAUUGUUCUCCUCUGACUCCAAUGGCACUGUAUGCUACCAUCAUGGCAUAAAGCAGGUGUUACGGAAACAUUUCGUGUCGCAAAGGGUGCUAAGUAGGGCGAAAAGCUCCAUCAUGGCGUGUGAAUUGCUCCCCUUGGGGAGCUCGGAACAGAUCACUGACAGCAUAGGACUAGUGUCUGUGAUGACUGGGAACACUCUCUUGGUGUGCUCGUUUCUUUCCUUGGACAACCAACACAUCGUCAAGGUUCGUGAACAUCACACGGCUCGAAGAAAGAAAAAUGGCUCCACGUCAGCCAUGGCGUCCACUGCAACCCUCGCAUGGUACCCAUGCAUGCAGAUCCCCAACACUCUCCACGUGGAGAAUGCCAAGCUUGCCUAUGCCUGGGAUAACCAAUUGUAUAUUCUUGAGCUUCAAAACGAUACUUUACCACAAAACUUCCUUGCUGUUCUUUCUGAUCUCAAGGACAAGGAUAAGGCAUUACCCACACUUGCCAUGACCAAGACCUCUACGUGGACAAAUCCUCAAGGAAGUAUAUCUGCAGUCAAUUGGAUCUCGUCGAAACUCGUCUGUGUCACCUGCAACAAUGUCAUGACAACGUUGCACUACUCUGGCACUAAACUCACGGUAGUGGGCGAAGAUACCACUAUGGGGAUCACCCCAAUCACCGUGCGUAACUCACGAGACCGUCUUCUUGUUCUUGGAGAUGAUCAUUCGGUCAUUUUGGGAAGCUUGGUCAAUUGGGCAGAUACCUUGGUUCAUCUUCUUUCUCAAGGUGACCACCUUUCUGCCUUGGCCAGGGCAACCGAGUUCUAUAAUUCCACCGACUCGUGCCUUUUGGAGGUCAAUGGGUUACCCAUUCUGGCCCCGGUGCGUAAGCCAUUGGUGAAACGACACUUGCUAGAUAUCAUGACCAUCUCCAUCAACUACCUUUUCCAGCAAAGGGGAAACGCCGCAACCUCCCUCAAGCUAUAUUUCGACAUUUUUUGUGAUCUUCGUAGAGAUGAUCCAACCGAAGUAUCGAUGGUGACCAUGCCGGUUCUUGACGCGAUUUUUGAACAAUUCCAAGAUGAAGACGUUUUCUUUGACACGUUGGAACCAUAUCUCUUAAGGGGUAGUAUCGACGUCUUAUCGCCAACCGUGCUCCAGGCAUUGGUAUCAUACUAUGCUAGAAUGGAAAGGGGCUACAUUUUGACAGAAAUAUUGUGUGUAUUGGACAUCAGAUUGCUUGACAUUGACUUGACCAUGCAAUUGUGUCGUAAGUAUAAUCUUAGAGACGCUCUCGUAUACAUCUGGAACUACUUGCUACAAGAUUAUGAGACUCCAUUUGUCGAGUAUAUUAAUGACAUACGGGUUGGGGCCUUAGAUUCGGUAUCAUGUGGAGUGUUUACCUACAUGUCCUACAUUCUUACUGGUAGACAAUAUCCAACCGAUCGACUCAUAGGUUUGGAAAUGGAACUGAAAGCUCGCAAGAGUAUAUGUAAGUACCUCUUUAGUAACACAAUAGUUGAUGGAGCCCUCACCACCGAUAAUGAUUCCAUUUUCCCGUACUUGCUGAUGUUUCUUCGAUUCGAUUCUUUCGAAAUGCUCUCAACAUUGAAUGAAUUCUUUGAAGACACGGUCCUUAAUGAUAAUGAAGGGAUUCUUUUGAACAGACAAUAUAUCAUCGAAGCUCUUUUGGAUAUCUUUGAUACCCAUUCACAAGAGUUUAACACAAGAGAUAGGUGUCAAUUGGGGAUCUUUAUUGCCAGGAACUACCCUAAAUACUCACAAUUUAUCAGACUCUCGGAUUCUACGUUGGACGGGAUCAUUGAUGAUUUGUGUUCAAAUACAGAUGAUGAUAUCUUGGAUGAUUGUCAAUUGGCUCUUCAAAGUCUUAUCUCCGAGUAUGAACCAGAAAUUGAUCCAGUCUUGAUUGCGAAAAUACAAGCAGCCAAAUUUUAUGACGUAUUGAUGGGGAUAUACCGGACAGAAAUGCGUUAUUCCAAUGUUUUAGAAUCAUGGUUGCAAAAAAUGGCUUCUCAUAACGAUGGGAAAUCAAUGGGUAAAGUCUUGGAGGAUUGUUUUAAUGGUUGCAAGAGGAACUCAUCUGAAAGACAUAAUUUAGUGAAUGUAGUUCGAGACAAUUUCCUGACCCUUUUAGCAAUUGAUUCAAGAAGUUUGGUACGAUUAGUGGAACUCAACUGUCCCUCUGUACAUGGUGAAAUCUUGAGAGUGGAACAUAAAACAGAACUUCUUGCUUCGUACAUUGAGGAGCUUUUACGAGUUGUUGAUAUUGAGAAAAUUAAUGGACAGAUCAUUCACAAAUACGUUGAAGUAUUACUACAGGAGAAGGACAGAGAUAUAUCCAAAUUGUUACUGUUUGUUAAAAGAUUAGCGGUCACCAAGGUGGGUGUAGUGUUGUCUGACGUGGAAAAACUUCUUAGUGACGCUGAUUGUAUCGAUGGGUCAACUAUUCUUUUCAUGGAGGAGUCACGAUACGAGGAAGCACUUGACGGGGUAUUGAAACGAAUGACUAGUCUUGGGGAUGUACCGGAGGUUGAGAAAUAUGGUAUGUUAGCCAUGGAUAUCUGUGACUCACAAGAGCCUCAAAAUUUUGACGGUGAAUUGUAUUUGAAUGAACGUAUGUGGCUCAGACUCAUUGACACUUGUGUUGAGAUUGCCCAUGGAGAAUCAUCAACCAGAAUAAAUGGUUUACUUCAAACAUGCUUCAAACGAGUCAGUACGAAAAAGGAUACUCUGAACUCACAAGAUCGUUCAGUUUUUGCCAUUUUCAACAAAUUUCUUGAAAGAAUUGGUGAAGACAAGAAGAUUGCAGUUGCUACUCUUUCCAAUGUUCGUGGCAUUCUCCAUGAAGUUUUCGUCUCAUAUUCCUAUGAAAGCGAAAUGCUCAAGAUAUGCUUACGACUGUUACAUUCUGGGAUCAACAAGAGUAUGAAAGUCAUUCGAUCACAAGCGUUGAGGGGCAUGGAUAUUCGGCAAAAAAACUGUACAUCGUGUGGGAAAGCCAUGUGGGGAAACGAUAUUUCGGAAGAUCAUUGGUUGGCCUGGGAAGAUCGUCUGCGAGAAACAAUUCAUGUGAACUUGGAGGUAGAUAUAAAUGGGAAAUAUCGCCAUUGUGGGCUCAUUUUCUUUGCUUGUGGGCAUGGAUAUCACCAGCCUUGUUUCGAUGGGUUAGGAGGCGGAGAAGUUUGUGUAUUGGAAAACUUAAGCUAACCAUGAACCUGAGGGUCUAUACAAAUAUACACUUCCCUGAGGGGCUGCCAGACGCUCCGCUGGCCCCUGCUCGGGGAGAGCCACUGCGUGGAGCCUAGCUCCUCUACGAGGAGAUUUUUGCAAUUAUUUCCUAAAUCAAGGUACAAACUACUACAAAGUGCCAGCUGUUCCCUAAGGGGCUGCACGUCGGGUGGUCAAUAAG